CGUAAACCGUUCGGCGCAAAAAUUCAAAUGUUCUCAGGAAGAAAAGUGCAUCAGUACAAAGUAAAACACGCUUUAUGUUAAUUUAGGCAGUUUAACCUUUAUAUAAAGAAAGAUACGUUCACUGUUGCAGAAGCGUUGGAUAUAAUCGAGUCACGAUGAGCGCAUCCUCCACACCCAUCUCCCGGGUGCGUCAGUGGGCCUCACCGUCCCUGAAGCACAAGGGCGCCUCUCCUGCCGCCAUCAGCACACCGCUCCUCGCAUCUUUCCCGGGCAACGAUGAUGAGCUGGAGCGGCGUCAGAGGCGCAGAUCUCGUGUCAUUGAUCUGCAAGCCGCCACUGACUCUUCAUGUAAUGAAUCUACCUCUCAUAGCACCACCGGGACCCCUGCCGCUGUGCCUAAGCUGUCAAAUGCACAGAUCUCAGAGCAUUACUCCACCUGCAUCAAACUUUCCACUGAAAAUAAAAUUACCACCAAGAAUGCCUUUGGUCUCCACCUGAUUGACUACAUGGCUGACAUCCUCAAACAGAAAGAUUCUGAGCUCACAAAUUUCAAGGUGGCAGCGGGUACCUUGGACGCCAGCACUAAGAUUUACGCGGUCAGAGUGGAUGCUGUCCAUGCUGAUGCCUACAGAGUGCUGGGAGGACUGGGUGCUGAGACCAAGCCUGGGGAAGAGCAUGGAGCAGGGGCAGGAGGAGAGAUGGAGGAGGGGGCUGAAGGUGAGCUGGCUGCUAAGCAGGUGGUGAAGAAGAAGAGGCCUCCCAAGAAGACUGUGGAGCAGAACCUGAGCAACAUCAACAGCUCUGAGUCUGAGAUGAAGUGUGAGGUGGACCCCAUGUUCCAGCGCAUGGCGUCGUCCUUCGAUGAGAGCAGCACGGCAGGUGUCUUCCUGUCAGUGUUGUUCAGUGAGGACAGUCGCUGUGAGCUCCUCUUUCCCUCCCACAUGACCCUGUUGCACUCCAGGCCCGCUUACUCCCAGCCUCCACCGCAGCACGUCCCUGCAACGCCCUUCACAGGUGGUCUCCAGCGGAUCCAGGAGAAGAGCUCUAUCUGCCCUUCCCUGGCAGACUUCUCUUUCACCAGCUGGAACCCUGACCAGACCGUGAACCAGAUGCUGGAGAAGAUAAAGCAGGGGGAUCACGUGUUUGACGUGAACGCGGAGGCAGACGAGGAGGAGUGUCAGGACUUUGGGGAUGAUUUUGAUGGCGACUAUGAGGAGGGUCAGGGGGACCAUGGUGGCGACGGCUCCAAGGAACACGGUGGCGACGGCUCCAAGGAACACAAGGAUCGCUGUGAGGCUGGAGGGCCCGGGAGAGGAAGGGAUGUGAUUCCCAUCGGAGAGGGGGACAUAGCCACCAUGUGUCUGCAGCUGUCCGAUCAGCCCAGAGAGUACUCCUACUUCAGCCCCAGGACCAUGGCUACCUGGGCAGGCCCUGGCUACUGGCGCUUCAAACCUCUGCACAAAAAGGACAACGUGCCUGAGAAGGAGGGUCGAAAGAGAAAGCCAAAGAAGGCCUUUGAAAUCGACUUUAAUGACGAUGUCAACUUUGACACCUACUUCCGCACCACUAGAGCCGCUACCACUAACACCAAGUCAGCCCUCAGCACAAGAAACAAGAAGAACACUCUGGCUGCAGACUUCCAGUUCCCCCCUGAGACCCUGUCCCAACUCAGCCUUAAGCCCGCCAGCACAUUAUGUAAAGAGGGUCAGAAGAGGUUGUCUGGAGAGCUGGGGGAAGGCAUCGGAGACUACGACUACAACAAUGCCAAUGACACAGCCAACUUCUGCCCCGGACUGCAGGGUGGUGAAAGUGAUGAUGAUGGUGAAGGGUUCAGUGGGGGUACAGAUGACGCCCAGCCUUCUGUGGAUGGUAACCCCGCCUCCUCACAAGACCAUGACGACGUGUCCACCUAUGGGGAGGAUGACCUGGUGCCUGAGCCAUACAGGGUGAACAAGAUUGAGAUAAACUACGCCAAGACAGCCAAGAAGAUGGACAUGAAGAGGCUCAAGAACACCAUGUGGAAUCUUCUGACUGACAGUCUGGAAAAACCAGCCAAGCAGGAGGUUGAAAAUGUGGAGACUUCAGAAGUGUCUGGGGAGAAGGUCUUCAGCCAGACCACACAGACCCUGCGUCAAAGCUUGCCCCCCAACAUGGCUCAGAACCUGUCCGUGCCCCUGGCGUUCGUCGCCCUGCUGCACUUGGCCAAUGAGAAGGAGAAGGGUGAGGUGGUGGAGCAGGACAAGGUGAAGACCCUGCAAUCUCAGGUGGAUGGGGUGAAGGACAUAAUGACCCAGAACGUGGACCGGAUCCUGGCCCGGGGUGAGAGGCUGGACGACCUGAUGGGCAAGUCAGAGGACCUGCAGGCUGGGGCUCAGAACUUCAAGCACACGUCUCAGAAGGUGGCUCGUUCCUACUGGUGGAAGAACAUGAAGCUGUGGGUGGUGAUAGUGGUCAUCGUCCUCGUCAUAAUCCUCAUCAUCGUACUGCUCGCCACUGGAGUCAUCCCUACUAGCUCGUCUGCUCCCCCUCUUCCCACACCCACAAAAGCUCAAUAACCCCCCAUGGCGGAGACACACAUUUACAGUACAUCACAUACACACUCACAUACUUGUUAGCUUACUUACCACCUGAGCAAUUUAUUUCAAGAGAAGCCCAACUUCGAAACCAACUUGGCUCAUGAUCAAUAGCUACUGUUGACUCUACAGUUCAACAAUGCGUCAUCACUUUGAAAUGAUGCAUGUUGGCUUUUAUGAAUAACCCUCACUUAUUUGCACAUUUUCUCCCUUUUUCUUAAAUACAUCACCGUCUCAACUCUUGUACUGCUUCACACCCUCCAUUUAACCAGUCUUUGGCCAUUCAAACACCAUAUGGUUCAUUUGAUGAAAAAGGAAAAAAAAAUACUAACUCCCCUGCUAUCUCUGUUAAUGCUGGGCCGCAAAUAUUUUUCAGGGAAGACCAAAGUACUAAUUAAGGGGUAGAUAUUGUCAUUGUAGCCUAUAUAAUGUUAUUUGUGACACAUUUCUAAAUUCAUGCUGGUAUUGAUUUGGCAUUUAUGGUUUCCAUUCCUUUGGUGUUUUGAGGGUAUGUAAUGUGAUCCACACACAGUCAGGGGUAAGGAGUUAAGCCUCCAAGAGGUCAAAGGUCAGGACAGAUUUGAAUGGGUGAACAUGGGAGAUAUGAAAAGAUUUGUGCUGUAGAGAUGUUUGUCAUGGUCAUUGUUGCUGAUAUUUAUUUUAAAUUGUUUGUAUAGUUAGUCUUUUCUCACUUUUUCACUGUGUUUGAAUGGGUUUUAGCUGAGCUGGUUACUAGAACGGUUGUCACAGUGUUUUUGUUUUGAAAGAUGGGAGAACAGAUUUUCUUACUUGCAAUGUUACAGUUAAAGAAAGCAUCGGAGGCCACAGACGAGACACAGGCUGGUGGGAACUGAGAGAGGGAAAGAGAGAAUGGUGGGAGACUCUGGAGAAGUGAAAGGUCUUUACACCUCUAUCCAUGACCUUCUGAUACUCCAUCAUACAUAACCUGCUGGAACUCUUGUACGGACCUAUGCUUGUUAUCAUGUUCCAUGCACCCAGGUCUUGGAAACCCUGGCUAACUCCAGUCAAGCUGCUGUGAGAGAGGGAUGAUUGAACAGCUAACAAGUCCCCUGCUGGUCUAAACUAAUGUCUGCAGCUCCUAUGACUGCUGUCACGACAUGGCUUAGUUACUGCCUUGUUUUAGGAAGACACUAUCUUUCAAAUGUACUGUAAUUCAGUCAUAGCUUACCUAUUUCUUCCCCUUUAUUUCUUUGCCCACUUUAAUCUUAAUUCCCCCAAAAUGUAUUAAUUCUGGUAAUGUAAUCUUGACUCCGUUAAAACGAUAAUUGCAGAGUAGCGUUUGGUACAUGUAUUCUUUAGCUACUUUUGCCUUUUAACUUAUCCCACUGCCCACUCCAAUGGUGCAAUACCAUCUGAGCUUUGGAGAGGUCAAGGGUUUAACUCCCAUGUGUGUAUAUAGUUCAUGUUUAGUUUUUUCACCUGUUAGUACAUUUGUAAACCAUCCAAGUAGUGUAACAUUGAGGUUCAUUUAAGGCUAUAUGUCAUCUCUUCUGAACAUCUUUUGUUUUUCAUAUUACUGUAUUAAUGUUAUUUUUAAUCAACAAUACCAAUGAAGGAGUAUGAUAUGACAUGCUUGGAUUAAAAAGUGUCUACAUACUUAGAAAAUGCCUGACACCUUUUAUAAUGGGAAAUUAUUGAAGUACAAUUUUGCCUUAAUCACUUAAUUAAAAGUAUGAGCACAUUAAAAAAAAAAAGUUUUUAUAAGGCUGCCACCAUAAUGUGCCUUGCUAUAGUCCGAUCAUAAAGGUCAGAUAUGUGGGGCGCCGGGCCAUGAUAUUUUAGACCAGUAGGAUGUAUUGGGAAUUUGGGCCAGUUACAAUUGUUGGAGAAUUAUUUGUUUUUCAUUCAUUGAUGGAGUCCAAUCAUGUUGUUUCUGAUGAGUUAUAUAAUAAAUAGUAUUACCUUA